AAUGUGUCACCAUGAACAGCUCUGUGUCCACACUCCCCGUCACCUUCACCGUGUACGGAGCUCUCGGUCUGUAUCACUUUGCUCUGCUCCUCUCUGUCUUCGUCCUUUACAUUUCAGGUCUGUGUCUGAACCUCGUCCUCGUCCUCGUGAUCUGUGUGGAGUCUCGCCUUCACAGGCCGAUGUACGUUCUCUUGGUGAAUCUGUCUCUGAGCGGAGUGAUGGGCAGUUCAUCGGUUUGUCCCAACAUUAUCAAACACCUGUUGUCCAAGCGUCAGGAGACGUCUGUUCCAGGCUGUUUGACUCAGGUGUUUUUCACCAACGUGUACGCCGGCUGUGUGUUUUGUAUGUUGGCGCUGAUGGCCUACGAUCGGUACGUUUCUAUCUGUAAACCUCUGCUGUACCACUCCAUCAUGACGCCGGCUAAAGUCAAACUGAUGCUGGUGACGGUUUAUUUGAUCCUGAGCUUGACGUCGGCCGUGCAGGUCUACCUGACGUCCAGACUCAGACUGUGCAGACACUCGGUCGAUAAACUUUUAUGUGACAGUUUGGUCAUUUCAAACCUUUCGUGUAAAAAGACGACUGUGAUCAGCGUGUACGGUCUGUGCUGCGCCGUGUGCGUCAUCAUCUUCCCGUGUUUCCUCGUCAUCCUCUCGUAUGUUCACAUCUUCACGGUUGUCCUGAAAACCUCGAAGGACUCUCAGAAGAAAGCUCUGCAGACGUGCACGCCUCACUUGGUGACUUUCAUCAACUUUUCCGUGGCGUCUUUUUUCGGGGUCAUUUAUAAUCGUAUGAGUCACGAAGUUCCAAAACCAGUGAAUAUUUUGACAUGUUUGAAUUUCUUUGUCAUCCCUCCUCUGCUGCAUCCCAUCAUCUACGGGAUGAAGAUGAGAGAGAUCCGACAGAGUAUGAACAAAGUGAUGAAGGAGAAAAUUAUGCAGCUGUGACUUCACGUCAGAUGUGUGUGAAGAUCACUGAUUUAUGAUGAUUAUGCUCAAUGUGUUUUUAUGUCUUUGUUUCAUAACUCACUUAAUAUUUGCUCCCUAAUGAAACUGAAUCAGGAUGCACAGCUUCAAAGAAGUGUGCUGGGUCUAAAGAAAGCCAUGAAUGACGAUUAAAAGACAAAUGUUAAGAUCUUAAAGAGCUCAAGUUGAAUCGAAUCAAAAGAGAUGAAAG